AUGGUAUACUACAACAGAGGAUCAUUCUCCGGGAAACGUGGAGGGCCAAGUGACCCUGGACGCAGCGCAGGUAAUUCCGCGCCUAGUCGACCGAUAUGCUUCUACCACAAGCGGGGAAUAUGCAAAUAUGGAAGAUCCUGUACAAAGUCUCAUGAUCGAGACGAGAGAUCGUUACAGCGAGACAAGAGGGUUGACGAAACGCUGGAGCAGCUGGAGGCUAGGGCUGGUUACAACUCCUGGAGAAGCGCUAUUCGGCUACCACCUCAAGAGAAUGCCAGCCUAGACAGUCAGUCGCUAUGGGACGAGGCUCUUAAUAUCCUCAACGGAGACGACCGAGACUGCAAGCAGAGUCUUCCGAGAGAUUUGGAAAAUGAAGAUGACUACUUUGGUCGACAGCACAUCCGAGCUCUUCUCUGCGGACGAGCGAAAGAUGGUCGGUAUCACAGUUUUGUUGAAGUCUCACGAUCAUUCUUCUUCGUUAUGACGCACCCGGCCCUGGUUGACUGCCUUUCUGUGGAGACGUACGUGGGAAACUUGUACAGUUUUAUUUCGGGAACGAAUGGCACAAGAGCGGUUCCGUACUUUCAGCACGUCUGCGAGAUCGCCGGGAGAAUCCUCGCCGAUCCCACCAGGAAGACGUCGGUGGAAACGAUCAACUCUACCCUAGUUGGUCUCCUCGAAAUCCUCUCGGAACUACUGCAACGCGAGCGAAGAGCCAGGUUCAACGAAAGUCUUCCGGAGCUACUCGAUUCUUUGGAAAACUGUGCUGAUACGAUGCCGCAAGAGUCUCUAGUAACCUCCAGCUUGAUUAUCAGUCGAGUUGGAGACCUCCGCUCUGUCGUUGCGCGUGCAAAUACCCUGCUGUCUACCGAAGGCGACGCGGGGCAACAGCACAAGUCGACCACAGUCGUCCAAACAUCCUACCCGCGUGAUAUGAUAAUACCAGGAGGACGCCACGACAACGACAAGGUCGACAUCACGACAAUGAACAUAUUUCCCACCCUGGAUGAGAUCAUGAGCGACGCCAAGGAGUUCUUGCCUUCGACCGAUCCCGAUCAGCCGCACUUUCUCGACAACAGGCGUGAGAGAUACAUAGACACGUACUUCCGUCUCCUUCGGCACGAUGUUCUGGGCCAGCUGAAAAACGACAUUGGCAGCUUCAUGAAAACUAUUGUGCGAGACCCGAAGCAGAUGAAAAACCCAAUGCCUGUGUUCAGUGACAGUCGUACCUACAGCUACAGCAAUGCCUUCGUGAGCUACCUGCUCCUCAAAAAAAGUGGUGGCCUGCAAGCAAGAAUUUCCUUUCCACAGCCUCGGUCUUUUCGCAAGAAACAAAGGCCUGAUAAACGAAAGUGGUGGGAGGAGUCGAGACGUCUGGAAGAAGGCAUACUGCUCUCCUUUCUCUGGAUCCAGGAAUCUAGUGUCCACCACCUGUUUCUCACCGUUGCCGAGAGAAACACCGACCCAAGAAGUGACAGCAGCCUAACUCACAACGAAAAUAUGGCGACUAUCACAACAAAGCUAGCUACGCAAGAUAAGCAACACGUCGAACUGCUGCUGAAGCUGAGCUGCGAGAAGGUUCACGGUGUUAUGCUCGAAUUUCCACACGUGCUUCCCGCUACAUUUACGCCCGUACUGAAGAGUUUACAACAUAUGCAGCGCCUGAAUCGGAUGCCUUUUCAAGAGUGGAUCUUGCCACCUCGUGUUGAACAAACUGGAAACGCACUCAAAAUUCCUCCGCCAUUGUACGCUCGGCAUGCUGGAUUCGAAUUCCCUCUCGAUGCCGUUCUCGGUCAUGGCUCGAGUGCCAUGUCACUGCCUUCUAUGUCAACGGAUCAGGAUCUCACUCUGAUGGCAGAGUUGGAGACCAAGACGGGGCUUGAUCGUGGACAAUGUUCGGCGUUGAUCGCUGCGCUCACCCGAGAAUUUGCCCUCAUUCAAGGUCCUCCCGGGACUGGAAAGUCUUACGUUGGAGUGAAGAUCAUGCAAAUUCUCCAGAGCGUAAAAGCGAGGGCCAAUCUAGGUCCAAUUAUUGUUGUGUGUUACACGAACCAUGCCCUGGACCAGUUCCUUGAGCAUCUCAUAGCUACAGGGAUUCGCAAGAUCGUUCGGAUCGGAGGACAGAGCCGAUCAGAAAUGUUGGAGGGUCAUAACCUCAGGAACGUUACAAAGUCCGAGUCGAAAAGUAGACAGGAAGGCUGGCAAGUUGCUAGUGCUUACCGCGCGCUAGAGGAACACGAAAAUCGGUCGGGGCGCAUUUUGGGACGAGUACACGGUGUCAGAAAGCGACCGGAAUGGAGAGCUUUCCAACAUCACCUCGCCCGAAAGCAUCGACGCAUAUGCGAGCAAUUCAACACUGUGGAUGUUGAUGGCUUCAACGCUGUUGGGCGACAUCCUUUCGAAAUAUGGACAUCUGGCAUCAAGCAGGAGGACGACGCGAUUACGACAAGAGCGCCAUCGGCCAGAGCUGUGGAUCGAACCACUAUCGUCGAGAAGGCAAACCGGAAUGUCCAGGCGCUCUCGUAUUCCGAGAGACAGGCACUUGUUGGGAUUUGGACACAAGAAAUUCAAGAAGACGCAGCGGCUGAAUUCUUCGAGGUUGUUGAGGAUGCAGAACAGAGCCAACGCCAGCUCUCGAAUGUCCAUGAGGAGGUGAACCGACGUGUCCUGCAAAGUUCGGACGUGAUCGGUAUCACGACCAGCGGCCUUGCCAAGAACUCCUCGACUAUACGACGUGUACGGUCCAAGGUUGUCAUAUGUGAGGAAGCUGGUGAGGUAAUGGAGCCGCACGUCAUGUCAGCAUUACUGCCUUCCGUGGAACAUUUUAUCCAAAUCGGCGACCACCAACAGCUGCGACCGUCGAUCAAUAACUUUCUCGACUUGUCCCUCGAAAGCGACCGCGGUAAGCUGCAUCAGCUGGAUCGGAGCCAGUUUGAACGACUCUCGGUCGGCGAGCCCGGGAGACCGUCUAUCCCUCUUGCUCAGCUGAACGUCCAGAGGCGCAUGCGCCCUGAAAUCUCUACAUUGAUUCGAGAGACAAUCUACAAACGACUGGAUGAUCACCCAAGCACAAUACAGCUGCCCAAUGUCGUCGGCAUGCGCAAGAACGUGUUUUGGCUUGACCACAACAACAUGGAAGAUGACGGUGGCGACAGCAUGAACCACCAUAAGAAAUCAAAGUCUAAUGGGUGGGAACUCCAGAUGGUACAUGCUCUGGUACGCCAUGUAGUUCGACAGGGCGUCUACUCUACUAGCGACAUCGCUGUAUUGACCCCGUAUACUGGUCAGCUCCAGAGGUUACGCGCAGCGAUGCGCCAAGACUUUGAGAUUGUCUUAAGCGAUCGAGACGAAGAAGCUCUGAUAAAAGACAGGUUCACUGCUCAAGACUCAAUCAUGGAAGAAGCCACUGCCGAGCAGAACAGCAAGAAAAAACCGCUGGAGAAAAAGCAACUUAGCGAGCUUCUCCGCAUCGCCACCGUUGAUAACUUCCAAGGCGAGGAGGCCAAGAUCAUCAUUAUCUCUCUCGUUCGAAGCAACAAAUCCCGAAGAGUGGGCUUCCUCAAAACCACGAAUCGCAUCAACGUCCUUCUCAGCCGGGCACAGCAUGGAAUGUACCUCGUCGGCAACAUCGAUACGUACUCAUGCGUACCGAUGUGGCAAAAAGUCAUCGAUAUGCUUCGUGCUCAAGAUUGUGCAGCAGCCAGACGACUUUCAGAGGUGCAGCCCGGAAGGUGGUUGCCAGGAACCUUGUAA